GUGUGUGUGUGUGUCAGUGAGCCUCUCAGUCUAAUAAGAAGUCUCCAUUCGUUCACCAAAAGAGGAAAUCCCAUCGAUUCAUUGCAGCUCCAGAUCUUCGCUGGUGAGACAUAAAACUCGGCUGUGUUUUGGACCAUGGGAGGUUUCUAUGGGCUGGCGAUCCUGCUGGGCGUGGCCUUGCUUCUGAGGACCGGCCGAUGUGAUGUGAACUGUGGGGGAGGUCGUCCGGGACAGCCAGGAAUCCCUGGCAGAAAUGGAUGGCCUGGACCCAAGGGAGAGAAAGGAGAGCCAGCUCAGCUGCCCAGCGGUCCGGUGGAUCCAAACAUCCUGCUGAGGCUGAAGGGGGAGAUGGGGAACCGGGGUGAGCAAGGAGUGAUGGGUCCAAAAGGUUUCCGUGGAGAUCUGGGACCAGCCGGUGGCGCAGGAAGACCCGGUCGCCCAGGUCCAGACGGCAGGAACAUUGGCCAUGGUGACAGCUCCCCUCAGCAGGCUCGUUCAGCCUUCUCAGUGAUGAGGACUGACAGCAGUUAUCCGAGCCUUGAGCAGGUUGUGACCUACCAGCAUACCGUGGUCAACACACCUCAGGACUUUAACGCAGCCACGGGUGUCUUCACCUGCAGAAUAGCUGGUGUUUAUUACUUCACCUUCCACUCCAUGGCCAAGGUCAGUGUGUGUCUGCGUUUAGCCAGUGACCCUCCAUUCACCAAGCUGGGAUUCUGUGAUUACAACAGGAACUUUGAUCAGGUGCUGUCGGGAGGCGCAGUGUUAGAGCUGACAGCCGGACAGAGAGUUUGGCUCGAGUCUUUCAGGGACCAGCAGAGACCAGAAGAGACACGAGACACCAACCAGAAACAGAUCAUCUUCAGCGGCUUCCUGCUCUUCCCAAAUCCACCGUAAAGUUCUCUCACCGUGAUUUCACUCGCAGCACAGAGCGAGCGCCGAAAACCUGAACGUGCAUUUAUGAAUUCUGAAAAUGUGUUUAUCGCUGAUUGUUCACAUUUCUCACAGCGCAGUAAUAACUGAGGAACGUUUGUGCUUGUUCGGUUCGCACGUGAACACAAAUGUAACUUUGGAUUUGUUGGCAUUAUACUGAAUCAUGUCUGUUAAUGCAUCUAAAGCUGAAUAAAACUUUGUUACUGAGUA